CCUGUAUCCUAUGAACCUUAAAUGGCUUUGAACCUGAUUCGGAUUGCUUCCUAUGAAGUUGAAAACCCCGUGGGCUGCUCUCUGAAGGAGGCCUUUGAGCUCCUUGAACCAAAACUAAGACCCCCAUUGGCAAUAACAAUCCCAACCCCACAGGAAUACUUGUUGCUCAACAAGGCUAUUUUGUAUGGAGUUCUAUGCGAAACCCAUUUUGCCAAAACACAUAUUAAGCAUUUACAUGCCAUUGUCACUGAUGGGUAUGGCUUGUUUGCUAGUUUGAUUGCUAAGGUUGUGAAUGAAUUGUACACGAAACUUGUUGACCCAGUGAAGUGCCAGUUGAUUUGGGUUACUAAGGAGAUGAUUGAUGUUCAGGCUGUAGGCAUCCAUGGUUUGUUGGUUUGUUUUCUGAGGCAAAUUGUUGGUGGGGAUUUUAGUGAUGGAAAUUUGUGGUUGUGUUUUGAGAUCGUGAGCAUUUUUUUGACCAAAUGGGAUUCUCUCUUGGAAGUAGAACCAAUGAUUUUGACCAGUGGAUUGUAUACAUAUCUUCGGCUAGUAGCUGAUCACUAUAGAUUGCUAAGUAAUGCAAAGUUGGAAGCGUUAAAGCAAUUGGAAAUUGAUUUCUACAUUAAAGUGUUAAGGGAGCAGUUUUCUGUCUGUUUAAAGAUUGGGAGGGAUCUUGUUCGGCUUCUACAAGACGUGGUUCAUAUACCAAACUUUAGAGCUACGUGGAAAGAUUUGGUAUUGAAUCAAGGCAAGUUUAAGACUCCUGGUUUUUCUGUUAUUUCGCAGCUCUAUAACACAAGGACUUCAAGUGAAUAUAUUUUACUUGGGAUUUCACCAGAAAUGGAGACACAGUUGCGGUUUUUACUUAAUUGCGUGAAGUUAGGGAGUCAAAAGCGUUACCAGGCAUGGUUUGCUAAGAAGUUUCUAUGUGCACCAAACAGAGAGACUUUGAUAGUUGACAUUGUCCGUUUUAUAUGUUGUGCGCACCACCCACCAAAUGAAAUCAUACAAUCAGAUAUCAUUCCAAGAUGGGCUGUUGUAGGUUGGCUAUUGAAAUAUUGCACAAAGAAUUAUGUCCAAGCCAAUGUGAAACUAGCUCUACUUUAUGAUUGGCUAUUCUUUGAUGAAAGAGUAGAUACUAUAAUGAAUAUUGAGCCUGCAAUGCUACUGAUAGUGUACUCUAUACCCAGAUACAUUGAUGUGACUCACACACUUCUUGAGUUUUUGUUCCUUCUUGUGGACAGUUAUGAUGUGGAACAUAAAGAUAUAAUUAUUAGAGGCGUGUCUUCAUCUCUUCGUGUACUUGUCAAGAAAGGAGUGAUUCGCUCUUUUGAUGUGUUAACAUCUUGUGAUGCACUUUCUCCUGUCUUGAAAGAGAGGCUUGAUCGGUUUUUGUCAGGUGCGGAAUUGGAAAUUUAUAAAAGGCUGGAACAAACUAGAUUUCCCAGUCCCUUUGCUUUGGAGAAUUCCUCUUGUAUAGGAACUCCAACCCCAUCACCAGAACGUGAAUGA